ACGCAGCCGCACGGACGCAGCGCUUCCCAAAGCGAUUAGCGAUUAUCGAUAAGCGAUAAGCUUCUAAGCAUCUUCUUCUUUUUGUUUUUUUUUAUUUUGUGUGUGUGUGUUUGUGUGCUGGUGCGUGCAGGACACUUCCGAUCGAGAGAGCGAGAGGGAACGAGAGGAAGAGAGAGAAACACACCCAUCGCUUUGCCCUUCAACCAAAUUGUGUUCGCGUUAGAAUUCCAACUAAUCAAGUGAGCACACGUUGAAGAGGAGCACAGCCCAGGAAAUAAGUCAAUGACGCCAUGCACAAGAGAAAGAAACGCUAGACAGAGAGCGAGCGAGUGAAUGACACCAAGAGAGGAAAAAACAAAGGAGCAACGAGGAUAAACAUAAAGGAACAUUAAUCGCAGAUAGCGGAGUAAAAUAAACAAACCAAACCAAAACACAACAAACAACAGAUUUCGAACUGUCUUUGUCAAGUGGUUUAAUCAACGAAAGAGUCCAUUGAAUAUGGUGCUCAAUCUGCUGUUUAUAACGACGGUGAUCAAAUCAACGUUCGGCGUUGUAACCACCGGACUAUGGCUAAUCCCAUUGAUGCUCGCCGCGAUCACCUACUAUCGCUACGAUGCCGUCGAUCCGGAAUCACGACCCUUGGACCAGCUAAAUCUAUUUCCCGAAUACGAUUUCAUUGUGGUGGGCAGCGGAUCGGCGGGUGCGGUGGUCGCUAAUCGAUUGAGCGAGGUGCGCAAAUGGAAGGUGCUGCUCAUCGAGGCGGGACCGGAUGAGAAUGAGAUCUCGGAUGUGCCAUCGCUGGCCGCAUACUUGCAGCUCAGCAAACUGGAUUGGGCCUACAAGACGGAACCAUCGAACAAGGCGUGCCUCGGCAUGCAGAACAAUCGAUGCAAUUGGCCACGAGGUCGUGUCCUAGGCGGCUCUUCGGUACUCAAUUACAUGUUGUAUGUACGCGGCAAUCGGCAUGACUACCAGACGUGGGCAUCCCUCGGCAAUACCGGCUGGGAUUACGAUCAGGUGCUGCACUAUUUCAAGAAGUCCGAAGACAAUCGCAAUCCCUAUUUGGCCAAGAGUGCAUACCAUGGACGUGGCGGUCUCCUCACCGUUCAGGAAUCACCCUGGCACACGCCACUCGUGGCCGCCUUCGUCGAGGCGGGCACUCAGCUGGGCUACGACAAUCGGGACAUCAAUGGAGCACAGCAGGCGGGCUUUAUGAUUGCCCAAGGGACUAUAAGACGCGGCUCGCGUUGCUCCACGGCCAAGGCGUUCCUGCGACCCAUUCGGCAACGUCCCAACUUCCAUCUGUCGAUGAACUCGCAUGUGACGCGCGUCAUCAUCGAGCCGGGCACGAUGCGCGCUCAGGCCGUUGAGUUCGUGAAGCAUGGCAAGGUCUAUCGCAUUUCGGCACGACGGGAGGUGAUCUUAUCGGCGGGCGCUAUCAAUACACCGCAGCUGAUGAUGCUGUCGGGUCUGGGACCGCGCAAGCACCUCGAGAAGCAUGGCAUCAAGGUGAUGCAAGAUCUGCCCGUCGGCGAGAAUAUGCAGGAUCACGUGGGCAUGGGAGGUCUCACGUUCCUGGUGGAUAAACCCGUGGCCAUUGUUCAGGAUCGCUUUAAUCCCACAGCGGUCACCUUUCAGUAUGUGCUACGCGAGCGUGGACCGAUGACUACGCUGGGUGGCGUCGAGGGACUGGCGUUUGUGCACACACCGUACUCGAAUCGCAGCAUCGACUGGCCGGAUAUACAAUUUCACAUGGCACCCGCAUCGAUCAAUUCCGAUAACGGAGCCCGAGUCAAGAAGGUGAUGGGUCUGAAGGAGUCGGUGUACCAGGAAGUGUAUCACCCGAUCGCCAACAAAGACAGCUGGACCAUAAUGCCGCUGCUGUUGCGUCCACGCUCGAGGGGUACGGUGCGUCUGCGUUCUGCGAAUCCCUUCCACUAUCCCUUGAUCAAUGCCAACUACUUUGACGAUCCGCUGGAUGUAAAGACAUUGGUCGAGGGCGCCAAGAUUGCGCUGCGCGUCGCCGAGGCGGAAGUGUUUAAACAGUUUGGGUCGCGAGUGUGGCGCAAACCGUUGCCGAACUGCAAGCAGCACAAGUUUCUGUCCGAUGCGUAUCUGGAGUGUCAGGUGCGCACCAUUUCGAUGACCAUCUAUCAUCCGUGUGGCACAGCCAAAAUGGGACCCUCCUGGGACCCGGAAGCGGUCGUCGAUCCCCGUCUAAGGGUAUACGGAGUGCGUGGGCUGAGGGUGAUCGAUGCCAGCAUCAUGCCAACAAUCACCAGUGGCAAUACGAAUGCGCCUGUCAUCAUGAUUGCCGAGAAGGGUGCCGAUCUCAUCAAGGAGGAUUGGCUUCGGAAUCCCGAGUACAAGGUGAAGCGGCGUGAUGUCUACAGCGAUGCCGAGACAGCAGCCAGCAGCCAUAGCAUAAGCAUUACCAAUAGCAGCAACAGCAGCAGCAGAGACUUCGAUGGCAGCAGCAACAUAACGCUGACACCAACAGCAGCAACAACAACAACGACAACAACAUCAGCCACAGAAACAGAAACAGUCACAAAGAGUUAGCUAAAGUCCGAUGACAUUGGCCAGGGGUGCUCAGGGGUCAACUAGCUUUACCAUAAACUCCAAACGGACAGAGACACA